UUGUAAACAAUGUGGACGUGCACGUGUUGCGCUCAUAAAACAAAUUUAAUUUAAAAACAUUUCUAAGUGCUUUGAACAGCUUGCUCACUUGCAAACAAUAAAUAUUCUAGAACAAAAUGACCUUAAUAACAGAAAAAUCAAAAAAUACGAAUACUUUUCGCUUUAAAUCGUUCACCGAUAGAGUGAAUGAGAUCGACUUGCGCCACUUGGCACUCUACCAUAUAGGGCACAAAUACGAACAACUUGAGGAGGCCGACAAUGAGACGUACUUCCAACAAACGCUACAGAAAUGGAACGUGCUGAAUCUUACCGAAGAGUACAACUAUUUCAGCAAGCAAUGUCGCAAGAUAGUCACACUGCCGCAAUUGCUGCACCAAAAGGACUUUGUCAUUGAUUUGCUUCUGGAACGCCUAUCCACGGCAACAAAUUUAUCCCAGCAGCCACUGCUGGAGCUGCUCUAUGUGUUGGCUCGCGAUCUGCGUGAAGAGUUCUAUGCCUAUUUUCAGCGCGUGCUAGACCGACUGAUAUGCCUUUUAAACACUCAGGAUGCCGAACAACUGGAGUGGACGCUCAUUUGCCUAGCACAUUUGUUCAAAACACUCAAGUCCUAUCUAAAACGUAAUAUCGGCAUUGUCUUCAAUGCGAUUUUACCUUUGUUGGAUGAGCAGCACUACGCAGAGCACGUGACAAACUUUGCCGUUGAAUGCUUCGCCUACAUAGCACGAGAUGUUCGCGACUUUCCGCGCUUUCUGGCCUAUGUGUUGAAAACGGUCUUACGCGAGCAGGUGGAAAGCGUGCAUGGCUGUGGGCGUCUGCUAUACGAGAUACUGCGCGGUGUCAAUGGUCACUUGCAUACGUGUGCUGCAGAUCUUCUGGCGCAUGUUCUGCAACUGCUAGCCAACACAGACAACAGUCAUACCAGCGCACAGACAUCGCUGCUCGCAGAUAUUGUGCAUCAUUGCUUCGGACUGCUGCUUAAUUUUAUGCGCGCCGAUCAAAGUGUCGUACUGUGGCAACAGCUCUGUGCUGCUAUAUCCAAGGAAGAGCUUAGCGCGGCGGCCACAAUACAGCUUCUUGAGCUUAUAUUGCCCCUUAUUGCACAUAAGGACGGUCGCUAUAUAUCAGAGCUGUCGGUGUUGGUGCCUACCAUAUUAAAAUUGCUUGAUCGUCAUAUGAAACUUAAUGCAGAGCCUGAGCGCCUACAACAGUUGAGUACCUUGGUUAGCAGCUUGUUGCAGGCAACACAGGUACAACUCGACCAACUGGAUGCUAGUCGCAUACUUCAAAAACAGCUCAAGGUCAGCCAAGUGUCCCGUGAUGUGUACGCAGAUUUCAUUCUGCAGCUGAUGGAUUAUAAACUGUUCGAAGUAAUGGUGCUGCCACAUGUUGUAGCGCACUAUGAGGAGCACAAGGAUACUGCUGCCCUGGAACUUUUAGCACGCAUCGUACAGCACAAACGACCGCUACUUGUUGAUGCUACAAGCUUAACGACUUGGCUGGUAUAUCCCAUGCAGUUGAAACAACAAGCAACUCAUCACAGCUUAGAGCAACAAAUUCAGCGCAUCGAUGUGACUGAGGAACGACAACUGUUGCUGCUAUUGCUGCUGCCCCACUUACGCGGCUUCAAUAAGCAGCCACUAGAAAGCAGCCUUCAAUCUGCCAUCGAAGAUCAGCUGGCUCUAAAUGUUCCCGAAUGCACGUUGCUGCUACUGCUAUUGCAGACCUAUUCUCUGCUCAAGUUUAAGCUGCCCAAAGAACUACGUGCACAGUUGCAGCAAAGUUUGCUUCCACGCGUAGGCAGCGACCUGCGAGCAUUGGCCUGUAUACAGCUCAUCUUACUAAACACGACCAAGGGCGAUUUGACGCCAAGAACAACGGAAGAUACUUUAAAUGCUGUGUCCAAGCUACUAAGUGAUCCGAUGGCACAGCGCCGUCGUAUUGCGGCGCACUGCUUGGAGUUGUUGGGUAACAUUCAGUGCAAGCACAAUCCUUAUGGCUACUUUGCUGCUGCUUGCCGCAUUGAGCCCACAGUUCACAAUUACAGGGAGCUGCUGUUGCAGCUGCAACAGCUGGAGCCGGCAGCAGCGCAGUUUAAGCGAUACGAACAGCUACCCCAUUACAAAGAGCAUGCUGUCAGCUUGCUGCUAGGCUUGUUGUACAACAAUUUCAAGUUUGUAUGGGCACCGGUACAACAGCUACUGGCAGAGUAUGUCAAGGUGAUGCCCACCGAGGAGUUCUGGAACUUGUUUAAGGAAAAGCUUCUGCAGACAGUGGCUUGCAUUGACUACAAUGUGGAAGCAACAACAUUGGAACAGCCACCACAGCCUAGCAACAGCUCUCAGGCCCUUGCCUCGCUGUUACCAUUGGAUGAGGCUCAGCUACAGCUGACGUUGCAACAAGCCUUGAAUUACCGUCAGCUGCUGUGGCAGUGUAUUCCCAAGUUAAGCAAUAUUGCCGAGGUGAAAAAUGCAGAUCUAGUGCGUCUAUUCUUACAGUUCGUGGAGCGCGAAUAUCGCGCACAGCUGGAGCGCACGGAACACACUUGGAAUCUAAAGGAGUCAACCGUUGAUGACAUUGAAGUUGACGAUGGGGAAAACGAAAACACUGAGAAGGCUUCGUCGACGAGUGUGACACGAACCUCAACUGAACGCCACAAAAGGAAGACACACAAUGCUCAAGCAAAAUUCAUUCUUCAGACGCUGCAGAUUAAAUUGUCUUGCUUCCUAUCGCAGCCGAAUCCAAAGGCACUUCACCGGGAAUCAGAGAUGCGGGAAUUCUAUCUGGAGCUGCUCGCUGGUCCCAAUGGGCUCUUGCAGCAGCUUGCUUUGGACUGCUUGGCCGCAUAUAAGCAGCCCGCUGUUCUGGUGCAACAAAAGCAGCAGCUGACGGGUCUAAUCGAUGAUGCCAAGUUCAAGACAACGCUUACUGGCUUGGAUGUGGCUAGCUUGGCUACGCAGCAGCGUAGUGAGUUAAUGCCUUACAUACUACGUGUGCUCUAUGGUCAUCUCGUCAGGGGCGGCCAACGUCAGCUUAGCGGCCAACAGCGCAAGACGCUUAUUCUGCGCUUUCUGGGACAGUUGGAGGAGGAGGAGAUAUUAAACUUUUUAAAAAUGGCAUUUGGACGCUUCGAGGAGUUUACUAGCCAGCCCAUUGAGCUGCUGGCGGGCUACGUAAAGUCACAUUUUGUGCCUACGGCGGUAAUUUCUGCACGUCAACUACAAAGAAUUGUUAAUCUACUGGAACUCAUAAGGAAGGAGUUCGCGGGCCGCUUGAGUGCUGCCUUUCAAAUAUACGUCUUGAAGUUAUUGAUCUUAGUGGGCACUGUUUCGCAAGAGGUGAUCGAUGGUAAUGGAGUCGAAGCUGUCAAACUAAUGGCAGCAUACAAGAACGUGCGGCACGCAGCUCUGCAAACGCUUGUUAACUACUUUGGACAACUUCUGGACAUGUCGGAAUUGUGGACCACAGAGCAGCUACAGGCUAUCUGUGAGGUCUUCGUCUGGCCAGGCCUAAGCCGAUUGCCCCAAGACUCAAUACACACACCCACACCUCUACUCAAGCUGCUGUUGAUGUGGGGUGGUGAACCCUCCUAUCAGAUCUUGUUGCAGAAGAGUCCGUCGCCCGAGUCGCCACCCAUUAUGCACUAUCUUAUUGCUCUGCUUUUAAACGAGAAAUCUAAGCCUGUAGUGCGACGAUCACUUCUGCAGAUGGUGGAACAGCUGUUGGAAAGCGCCAGCACGGAGGAAUAUGGCCCACAAGCAUUAGCGACUUUACAGCCAUAUAUUCCAGAUGUGCUGCAACUGAUGCAGGCCAGCUGGCGACAGAAAAGAGCCGGCAAACAGACGCUGGACAAAAGGGAGCUCAAUAUUUUAAGCCUCUUGACAGUGCAUGUGCACCAACCAGAGACGUGUGAGACGUUGCUGCAGUUGUUGCUACCCAUUUUCACCAAACAGGCAGCUAGUGCGAGUGCCGAAACUGUUCUUCAGCUGAUAACCACGUUGUCGAAUCUAAGCAAGCGCGUGCCCGCCCCCGACAACUAUGUGCGUCAGCUGGCGCCACUCUACGAGCAGGUGCAUGGAUUGCCAGCUCGCAAGCUCCUAUGCGAAAUGAUUGCAGACAUGGCCAAACAUCUAUUCAAUCAGGCAAAACAGCAGCCAGAACUCACUGCUGCUUCGACAAAGCUGCGGGAGUGGGCACGCUUUGUACUGCAGCUAAAUGCGUGGGAUAAACGCUGGCUGGAGCAGCCGGAUUACGACAAGCGACUUCAGGCACUCACCGAACUGAAGCAACUGUUGGAGCAAAAGGAUAAUCAGAAACCCAUUGAUUUGGAACUGGGUCUAUUGGUAACCUGCAACUGUUUCUAUAUGCUGCGCCACGACUCGGACUUGGGCAUGCGCGUCAACAUUGGUGAGCUACUAAAGAUGUUGCUGCCGCAGCUCACAAAUCAGUUGAAGCAGCUUCCCAGUAAGGACGAGCUCCGCUUCUGGCUAGAUGAGUGCCUGCUGCCGUUACUACAGCGCUGUCUACGCGACGAACGCCAUGAGCAUGCUCGCAGUGAAGCUAUUGGUCUCCUUGGUGAACUGGCACGCCAAUGCGCCAGUGCGCAUGAAGUGCUGCGCGAUCUUGCUCCAUUGGCCGACUCCCACGACGUAGAGGUGGAUUUCUUUGAGAACAUGCUUCAUUUGCAGACACAGCGUCAUGGGCGUGGGCUGCAGCGUGUGGUCAAUAUCGCUGCAGGCGCCAGUUGGCGGCAGACGCCACCCUGUCCACGUACGUUAACACAGUUUUUACUUCCGCUGGCCACACGCUAUUUGCUGAGCGAAAAACACGCGGGCAGGCAUACCCUGGUUGAUGCGGCAAUCGAGGCGGUGGGUGUCAUGUGUGAGCAGCUUCCCUGGCAGCAAUACCACGCCGUUCUACGUCAUUAUCUGCAGCGUCUGCGACUGGCCCAUGGCCAGCAGAAGCAAUGCGUUCGGUUGGUGGUGCGCAUUCUGGAUGCUUUCCAUUUCGAUUUGACACAUGCGAAUACAGACGUGUCCCUUCUGGUCCAACUCAAACAGAAACUUGCAGAAACAGCAGUUGAAACUACUGAGCAAACAAACGACGAAGAAUCUGAAGAGAAACCUUUGAAAGAGGAGGUGCCUGUCGAUAGCUCACAUAUUGAUUUUGAUGGUGACAAAGAUGAGGAAAAAGAGGACGAUGAGGAGCCGUUGAAGGAACGACAACUCCCGCAACCAUUGGCGCCUAAUGCGGCCAAGCGCGUCAUGACUACCAUUACGAGUGUCCUGCUUCCCACACUCAACCGAGCCAUCACCGAGAAGACCAACUAUGACACUAAGCACAAAGUUAACCGUCGUCGUCUGAGCUAUGAACGCGAAGAAGAGGAAAUACAGCGUGUGCCCAUUGCUUUGGCCAUGGUAAAGCUUUUGCAGAAACUGCCACAGGAGCUAUUGGACAACAGUUUACCAGGUAUUUUUAUGAAGGUGUGCACGUUUCUGCGAUCACCUCUUAAAUCAGUUCGCAUGCUUACGCGAGACAUUCUCAAAAAGAUCAUGCUUACCUUGGGCGGCAGUUGUCUGGGCCUUCUGCUGGAGCAGCUACAGUCGUUACUCACGCGUGGCUUCCAAGUGCAUGUGCUGUCGGUGACGCUGCAUGGGGUGCUGGAUGCACUGCGUGACCAACUGCAGCCGGCGCACAUCGAGCUUUGCCUGCAAAAUCUGCUCGAGGUGGCGCUUAACGACAUUUUUGGCGACGUAAACGCCGAGAAGGAGGUGGAUAAAAUCGUUGCGCACACACCUGAAGCAAAGCCUAGCGCGAAGAGUUAUUUGACUCUCAAUAUCGCGGCACGUUACAUACGCGACAAUUGUCUGCUGGACUUGCUGAUGCCUUUCAAAGAGCAUCUUGCGCGAUCGCAUUCGCGGAAGGUUACGCAAAAGAUACAGGAGUGCUUUGCCAAGAUUGUAGCUGGUCUUGUGGACAACACGCAUAUCGCACGAGAGAGCCUGUUAAUUUUCAUUUACGGAACUAUGUCGGAGAGUAUCACUGAUUUGCUGCCCGGAACACAGAAGAGGCAGCUUACCGAAAAGCAGCAGGCGCUGAUGCGUCGCGCCCGGCCUGACUGUCUGCUGCUGCAGCCAGCACCUGGACGUCGUAGCGUUGCGACUGGUAACAAGCAGGUGAAGUCCAAUGCCCAAGCCAACGCACACAUACUCAUUGAAUUCGGACUAGAGCUGCUUCACUUUGUGCUGAAACGCAAAAAGAUUGCGGAUCUAGAUUAUCAGCCUUUUCUGCAUCCGUUGUUGCCUCUGCUGCAGGACGCAUUGAGCAGCAAUCAUGCCAGAACCACAAGUUAUGCACUUAAAUGCUACACAGCGAUCUGGAUGGGCGAGUAUCAGCUGUCGGAACUGAGCACAGAACAACUGCAUCCGGUGGUGGGCCGCAUGUUUGAAAUUCUCAAAAACUUUUCUACGUUCGGAGCCACUCGACAGGAGGAGAACGCGCAGCUGGUGCGUGCGAGCUUCAAAGCGGUUGUAGCCCUAUUGCGAAAAUGUCAGGACUAUUCCCUGACUGAUGACCAGAUCGAGCAGUUGCUUUUGCACGUAGAGCAAGAACUGCAGGAGGGAGAGUGCAGUAGCCAAACGAUGUGCUUCACGCUGCUGAAGGCGCUAGUGGGGCGCAAGGUGGACACGCGCUCAUUGCACGAUCUAAUGAAACGUCUGGCCGACUUAUCCAUUAUCUCGCAGUCAGACUAUGUGCGCGAUGAGUCGCGAACGAUUCUCCUCACUUACAUCAUGGAGUACACGUUACAAAAGCGCAUUGAUCAGCUACUCAAGUUCAUGUCCGUGCAACUGGCCUACACUCAGUCCGCUGGGCGUCUGUCGGCCAUUCAAUUUAUGCACGCGGUCGUCAACAAGUUCCCAUUGAAAUUGCUGGUCAAGCACUCUGAAUUUAUAUAUCUUUCUCUGGGCACGCGUUUGGUUAAUGACGAGGACAGCGCCUGUCGUCGCGCUGUGGCCGCCGCUCUGGAGGCGUUACUAGGACGUCUUAGCAAGCUGGAACGACAGCCGCUGCUCGACCUGACCAUGCUAUUCUUCACCUCGCCGCAGUCCAGUCAGAAGCCAGGUGUGCGUGAGUUGGCUGCUGCGCUGCUGUCCCGGUUUGUGCAAGCAGAGCGUACGGGCUUUGCUGAGCGACUACCCCUAGUGCUACCCACGCUGGUCACCGUGCUAACUGUGGGCGACGCAGAAGCAGGUGGAAAAUUCGUACGUGCUCCUGGACAAGAGGCGCUGCCUUUGAGUGAGCCUAAGCAGCGGCAUAAGCGCCGACGAAAACAAUCAAGCAAUGCGGCCGAUGAAGAGACGUUGCUCGAUGGGCUCGACCCAGAAGCCAUUUUAGAGCAACAGCAACGCAAUGUCGACCAUCAGGUAAUUCAGCUGCAGUAUUGUCUGCUUAAGAUAUUUGAGCAUUGUGGCGAGACUCUGCUUAGCGACCAGGAACUAGCGCCAACAGUGGAUGAGUUAGCGUAUGCUAGUCAGAGGCUUCUCGCCCACGAGCACAAUUGGAUACGUUGCAAUGCAGCAAAGCUGCUAACGCUCAUUUUGGCGCACUACGAUUACGCGUAUGUUGGCCAGCAGCUGUUGGGUAUUAAGUGUGAAAAAGCAGAGGAUGUCAAGGUGUUGGAAUUUAUAUAUGCACAUCCGGCACAAGAUCUCAAAAGCUUAGUGCUCGACCUGUGUGCCCAGGUCAUUCCUGGUGAGACAGCUCAAGAAAUGAUUGACGAGCUGGUCAAGCUACUGCUUUUCGUUGCACACAUGCUCAGGGAUGUGCCUUUCAGCAUUAAACUGGAAGGCGAGGGAGAUCAAAAGGAGACAAAAGGAACACCCGUUGGGAAAAUCAAUCUAAAUUGGCUGGUGCGCAAUAUUCGCUUUCUGAUCAACAAGGAGGUGUCAAAGGCACCACACGACACCAGCAUUCGAACGGCCCUCUUCACACUUAUCGAGGGUUUAUCGACUUUACUCAGCGUUGAUGCAGUAACUCGAUUGGCCCCGGCUUUGAUGCAGGGACUUGUGCGCGAAAUGUCUGAAGAGGAUCAAAACGUAGAUCCAGAGCUGCGCCAGUUGGCAUUGCGAGUGGGCAGCCGUUUACGCAAACGCAUAGGAGCUGAGACAUACGACAAACUGCGCAAUGUUGUGCAGAACAAACUGAUGGUGCGACGUGCCGAACGUCGUAAAGCUGUGGCUCAGGAAAAGAUUCAUGAUCCGGUGCGAGCGGCCAAGCGUAAGGCUGGAAUGCAGGAGCGCAAGAAAGUGGCCAAGCGCCUCAAGACAGCAGUGGUGCGAGGCAAGGCGCCGGACAUGAAACAGAAACUCAAAAAGCGUAAACGCAAAGCUGAAAUGGAGAUCUUUUAGACAGUUUUCAUUUACAAUUACAUAUAUUAUUAAUAUAACAGUUUUUAUAUUUUACCAUAUAACUACUCUUAUUAAAUAUGCGU